AUGGAUCUGGAGAAAGCCCCCACUCUCCAUGAAGAAGACUCUAAAGUUACCCUCACUAUCAGAUUGAUUAUGCAGGGAAAGGAAGUUGGCAGUAUUAUUGGAAAAAAAGGAGAAAUUGUUAAACGAUUCAGAGAAGAGUCUGGAGCAAAAAUCAACAUAUCAGAUGGGUCAUGUCCAGAGCGAAUUGUUACAGUUACUGGGAACACAAGUGCUAUAUUCAAAGCAUUCACACUCAUUUGCAAGAAAUUUGAAGAGUGGUGCUCGCAAUUCAAUGAAGGCGGCGGCGGCGGGUCCCGGGCGCCGAUCACACUGCGCCUCAUCGUGCCGGCGUCGCAGUGCGGCUCCCUCAUCGGCAAGGGCGGUUCUAAGAUUAAGGAAAUCCGUGACGUCACAGGGGCCAAUAUACAGGUAGCAAGUGAAAUGCUGCCGAACUCGACUGAAAGAGCGGUAACAAUCAGCGGCACAUGCGACGCUAUCACACAGUGCAUUUAUCACAUUUGCUGUGUUAUGUUGGAGAGCCCGCCAAAAGGCGCAACGAUUCCGUACAGACCAAAGCCAAAUGUCGCCGGCCCCGUCAUACUAGCGGGCGGGCAGGCCUACACCAUACAAGGGAACUAUGCUGUACCUGCACAAGAUGCGGUGUGCGCGCCCGUGUUCCCCGUGCUCGAGGUGAAGCCGCCCCUGGUGGGCGCGCUGCCGCCCGCGCACCUGCUGCCGCCGCUCGAGCACCACCUCAUGGGUGGUUUGGCGAAAUCGCCGUUAGCGGGUCUAGCUGCCCUUGGCCUCGGCGGCCUGGGGCCUGCGAAUACUGGCGGUCUCAAUCCUGCUGCAGCGCUGGCAGCGCUGGCGGGGUCGCAGCUGCGCACGUCGAGCGCGGCGCGCAACCAGCCCGCCACCAACCAGCAGUCGCACGAGAUGACCGUGCCCAAUGAACUCAUUGGAUGCAUUAUUGGCAAGGGCGGCACCAAAAUAGCGGAGAUCCGUCAAAUCUCAGGCGCAAUGAUCCGGAUAUCAAAUUGCGAAGAGCGCGAAGGUGGCAGUACCGACCGUACGAUCACCAUCUCGGGGAAUCCCGACUCUGUUGCUCUCGCCCAAUAUCUCAUCAAUAUGAGGAUCACAAUGGAGACUGCUGGCUUGCCGCUGCCGGGCUACCACUACAUCGCGCCCAAUCACAUCGUGAAAGCGCCGAUCCAU